AAAUUAAUCAUGAAAAAAUCCAGCUGUCAAUCUCUUUCACUCUCUCUGUUGAUAGUAACAAUCCUCCUCCUCUCAUGCAGCACCCUUUCAUCUGCACACAAGAAAAACAAAACCAAGAAGAGCGGCGGUAACAACGUUGACCAUGACCAUGACCAUGACCAUGACCAUGGCCAGGGCCAGUUUUCCGCCUCGGGUUCGAUCAGUUUCAACGCCGAAUUCAAGGGCUGUUUCUCCAAAGUCUUCGCCUUUGGUGAUUCGGACACUGACACGGGCAAUGCCGAAUUCCUAGGAAGCGGGUCGGAAGAAAACACUAACAACGUCUCGGCAGAUGAUAAUUCUUCGUCUUCUUCUUCUUCGUCUUCGUCUUCAUCUUCGGCUUCGGCUUCGGCUUCCUCUUCUUCUUCCUCUUCUUCUUCUUCUUCGUCUUCUUCUUCGACGCCUUCUACUUCUACGCCUUCUUCUUCUUCUUCUUCGUCGUCUUCGCCCACUUCUUCGCCUUCUUCUUCUUCUUCCACGCCUUCUUCUUCUUCUUCGACGCCUUCUACUUCUACGCCUUCUUCUUCUUCGACUCCUUCUACUUCUACGACGCCUUCUACUUCGACGCCUUCUUCUUCUUCGACGCCUUCUACUUCUACACCUUCUACUUCUACACCUUCUUCUUCGACACCUUCUACUUCUACACCACCUUCUUCUUCGACACCUUCUACUUCUACACCUUCUUCUUCUUCUACACCUUCUUCUUCUUCUUCGACGCCUUCUACCUCUACGCCUUCUUCUUCUUCAACACCUUCUACUUCGACGCCUUCUUCUUCUUCUUCUUCCACGCCUUCUUCUUCUUCUUCCCCUUCUUUUUCGUUCAAAAAGUCCAUGAGCGGUCAACUCAUGGUCGAUUACCUCUGCGAUUCUCUCUCUCUGCCGCCACUCUCUCCCUACAAAUCCAACUCUGCGGAUUUCAAGAACGGGGUCAACUUUGCCAUAGCGGGGUCCACCGCGCUCGCGACAGAUUUCUUCGCCUCGAAAGGUAUUAACUGCCCGUUUUGGAACAAAGCCCUAACGAGCUUUCAGACACAGCUAGACUGGUUCGAGCAGUUCAUGGCGAAGACUGGGUGUAACGAAGGUGGGGGUGGGGCCCUCUGCAAUGCUGACAUGGAGAACUCGCUCUUCUGGCUGGGCGAAAUGGGAGUUUCCGACUACGUCACUUCUUUCGGCUCGCCCGUUUCGCUUCUCAGUCUGACGGAGCUAUCUGCAAACAACGAAUGCAAUAUCCUCAAGACAUUGCUAGAAAAAGGAGCAAAGUACGUCGUUGUACAAGGAUUGCCCCCCGUCGGCUGUCUCCCCAUAUGCAUGGCAGCCAGUUUGAAACUCGACCGCGACCAAAUGGGAUGCGUGGGGAGCGUGAACAAGGGAAUCAUGCUCCACAAUCAAAUUCUUCAGACGAAGCUCGAGAAAUUCCGAAGGCAGUACCCUAACUGCACGAUCUUGUACGCUGACUACUGGAACGCGUACCUUACCGUUUCGAUGAACCCGAAAAAGUACGGAAUCGAGGAGCCCUUCAAAACCUGCUGCGGCACCGGCGGAGGGGAGUACAACUUUGACAGGAACUCGCCAUGUGGGUCCGACAACACGACCCCCUGUCAAGAUUCUCAGAAGUACAUUAACUACGACGGGGUCCACCUCACCGGAGCAAUGUACAAGCACGUCACCGAUCUUUUCCUCAAUCAUGGCUUCUGUCAACCUUCUUUCAGCGAGCUUAUCAAGAUCAAGAAGAGCGUGAGUGUAGAGAUAAGCGCAUAGGCACAAAGAUUCUAGAAGUUUCCGCUCCGGAUAAUGCAUCAAGAGAGCGAGAUAAUAAUAAUAAAUAAACAAUAAAUAAUUAUAGGAUAUAGCUUAUAGUAAGUAAAUAUUGUUAUUUUGGUCGAUUUUUUUUUCGGGUAGUUUUGCUUAACCAUGCAAUUGUACGAGUUACGAAGAAGAAGAAUUGUAGGCAAGGCAAAAAACAAGUCUCAAAGAA